CUCGGAACCCUACAGAAUUUAGGGUUGUUCGAUUGGGGGCAAUGGGGACGUUCGAGCGAUCGAAGAAGAAGAUCCAGCUGUGGAAGAAGGCCCUGAUCCACUUCUCCCUCUGCUUCGUCAUGGGCUUCUUCACGGGCUUCGCCCCCACCACCUCCACCGCCUCCCUCUUCUCCGACCGAUCCUCCCCGCCCGCGGCGCCACACCACCCCAUCGCCAACAUCGGCCUCAUGCCCGACCACUUCGAAGCCCUGGAGCGGCCCCCGGCGCCCAACCGCACCGUCCUCCUCACCCAAUCGGCGGCCCCCGGGAACCCUAAACCCUACCAGAUCUCGGCCGCGGCGGCGGAGGACGAUGCGGCGGAGGCGAACCCGCGGCGGCUGCUGAUAGCGGUGACGACGACGCGGUCGGGCGGCGACGGGGGCAGGGAUCGGGCGGCGCUGAUGCGGCUGGCGAGCACUUUGAGAUUGGUGCCGCCGCCGCUGCUGUGGAUCGUCGUGGAGGCGCACGGGGACGCGCCGCGCACGGCGGAGAUGCUCCGGGGCACGGGGAUCAUGUACCGCCACCUCACCUUCCGGGAGAACUUCACGGAUCCCGCCGCGGAGGCGCACCACCAGCGCAACGUCGCCCUCGGCCACCUCGAGCACCACCGCAUCGCCGGCGUCGUCCACUUCGCCGCCGCCGACAACGUCUACGAUCUCCAGUUCUUCGAGGAGAUCCGCCGCAUCGAGGCUUUCGGCACGUGGCCGGUGGCAACGAUGACGGCGAACGAGGAGAAGAUAUCGGUGGAGGGCCCCAUUUGCAGCUCAUCGAAGGUUGUCGGUUGGUUCUCCGGGGAUUUAAACGACGGUACGGCCACAACGGUCACCUUGCCGACGGAAACGGACGUUACUAACGGCAACGGAUCAUCCGCCAAACCGUUAGGGAUCAACAUUUCCGGGUUCGCAUUCAACAGCUCGAUACUGUGGGACCCGGAGAGGUGGGGCCGCCCCACGUCCUUGCCCGACACGUCACAGGACUCAAUAAAGUUUGUGCAAGAGGUGAUUCUGGAAGAUGAGGCCAAGUUGAAAGGUGUACCAUCUGAUUGCUCUCAGAUAAUGCUGUGGCACCUCCACAUCCCAAGUUUCACCACCCCUCUCCCAUUCGGUCAAAGACAAAUUAGGCCAAGAUUUAUGGAUAAGUAGAGAGAAAAAACAAAAAGAAAAAGAAAAAAAAAAAAGAAAGAAGAUGGAAGUAAAAUAUAAAAGAGAAGGUAAAAGGAAAAGGACCCAAAAAAGGUGAGGUGUAAAUUUAGAGCUGGGUUGGGGGUGUUGGUAGCUUCUGCUUAAGUUUUUGGGGCUUUUCUUUGAGGGAAAAAUUAGUCCAACCAAGCACAUAUUGUUUAUUAUAAUUUCACAUUAUUCUUUACCUUUAUUUUUUUUAUAUAAUAUAUAUUAGGGGUUGCUCUCCAAGCCCCUGGUGUAUCUGAAAUUAAGAUGUACUAUUAUGUAUAGCCAAUCACAAGGGGAAGCAAGGAAGGUGAUUCAUUAUAUAUACUUAUAGUUUCCUAAAGAAAAUUGUUCAUAUAUUUUAUUAUUAAAAAAAAGUGCUUGUUUUUUU